AUGACUGAAGGAGUAGAGCUCUGGAGACGGGAACCCAUUGAAUGCAUCAAGGAGCUUAUGGAGGACCCCCAGAUGUUCACUAAUGAGACCAUGCAUAUGCGAGCAAUUGAUGAAAUGUGGACAGGUGAUUGGUGGUGGGCGAUGCAGAAACUGUUACCUGAAGGGUCAACAAUCGCACCAAUAAUCCUGGCAUCCGACAAGACUCAACUCUCUACAUUGAGUGGAGACAAGUCUGCUUGGCCUGUAUAUCUUAUGCUCGGGAAUAUCGAAUCAUCUGUGAGGCAAAAACCAUCAAAGCAAGCCUCAAUUCUGAUAGGAUAUAUACCGGGCUAUCGGCUGUUCCAUGACUGUAUGGGCAUGCUCCUCGAGGAGUUGAUUGUUGCAGGAGAUCCGCGUAAAGGAGGGUGUCUCAUUGUGUGUUGCCAAGAAAAUUGGUGCCUGAAAUGCACUGCUCAGAAGAAAGAGCUCGGAGAUCCGUUGCACUCCAUUCUUCGAGACCCUGACAGGACGAUUCAAUCAUUGCAAAAGGCAGCAAAUGGAGACAACACCUCUGCAGUCACACUAGGCUUACGCCUCGUUACUCCAUUUUGGGCUAGCUUACCACUAUGCAAUAUCUUCCACUGUAUCACACCCGACAUUCUUCAUCAGCUACACAAGGGAGUGUUCAAGGAUCAUAUUGUGAAGUGGUCAACACGCGCAGUUACUGGGAAGAGUAAAAAGGAGCGAGAAAGAGAGAUUGAUAUUCGGUUCCAAUCGAUGCCACAUCAUCCGACCUUGCGCCAUUUCAAGCAAGGAAUUUCAUUGAUCACGCAGUGGACCGGGCAUGAGUAUAAGAAUAUGGAGAAGAUCUUCUUAGGUGUUAUUUCUGGUGCCACCGAAUCAGAAGAAAUCGUUCUUUGUGUGCAGGCCAUACUUGAUUUUAUCGAGUAUUCCCAGUUCAGUUUGCACACGGAUGAGUCUCUGGAGAGAAUGGAUGAAGCUUUACGCACCUUUCAUUCCCAUAAGGAUGCUGCAUUUGUGGACACGGGCAUUCGACAAGCUUUCAACAUUCCAGAAGUGCACUCCAUGAACCAUUACACUCCGAUGAUCCUCUCAAUUGGAGCUGCUCCUGGUUACAACACGAGAGAUUACAUUAAACAGAUGACACGUUGGUUGGAUCGAAGAGAGAAAGUUUUGUGGUUCACACAUUUCUUGGACUGGGCACUGGAAAAAGAUCAUAUUGACUGGCUGGCUACAAGAGAGGUCGAUGAAGAGGAAACCGAGGAGGCUGUAACAAUACCUGAGUUUGGAGAAGCUCUUCAGGUAGAAGGGAUCCGGACCAAUCUGCAGUACCGCAAAACCACGUGCAUGGUUGCGAAACAAACGCCUGUCACUAACAUCACUAUCGAAAGCCUGGAUUCUGACUUUGGUUGCUCGACAUUUGUUUAUGCUAUGGAACGGUUUCUACGUGAACAAAAUCUGCUCCGAUCAGACUACUGGGAUGCACAGCCGGCAAAAUAUAGCCUGUACAAACAAUUUUGGGUUAUCGUACUCCCUACACUUGAAUUCUCGAAUUCUUCCAUUGUUGAUGUCAUGCAUGCAACUGCCGCUCAGCCUGCUGUUCUCUCGGGUUGCGGGAAAUGUAAAUAUACACCUGCCCAGUUUGAAACGGUUCUUGCGAGGAAGUCACUCCCAGACAGCCGGGAAGAUUUGGAUGUACUGGCCAAAGAUGGGCUUCACGUGGCGCAAGUACGUGCAAUUUUCGACCUUCCCAGUCAGCUUGGUUCCUUCCCACAUCCCCUCGCAUAUGUGGAGUGGUUCACUCCUCUCCGCAAGCUCGAUAAAGUUACACAAAUGUAUCGAGUUGAGCGCUCGAUGCGGGGUAAAAUUCGUAACUCGUCAAUCAUUCCUAUUACCUAUAUCGCCCGCAGCUGUCAUCUUGUACCUUUUUACAGUAAACAUGCAGAUCCCAGUUGGUCAAGUGAAAAGGUGCUAGAUCAGUGCCAACAUUUCUACCUCAAUCCAUAUCUUAGGCCUAUAGACUUUGUACUGUUACGACCCAAAGAUAAUGACUGA